AUGUCUGGCUACUACCCAUCCCAAACAGACCUCUCCAUGAUGAGUCACGAGGAAGUCAUGGCAUCAUUAGCCUCGUCUUCGACCGGGAACACUGCGAUACCAGCCAUCUACGGACCAGGAGCAGCUUCUCUUCCGCAAUCUGCACCGACAUUCUCGCCUCCAUAUGCACCUGUACAAUACCUUCCUCAAACGACCUACGCACCGUACUCGCAAACAUCCUACACGGGCCAGCAGAUCUGGUCCUCGCCGCCGCCAUCUGCGGAUUCUCAGCAACUAGCGUUCCCUCCUUCGGAUCCAGCAUUCUCAUUUCCUCGGUCACAUCAUCAAUACCAUGAUAAUGGCCUUGGUCUCAGCCCAGAGCUACACACUCGCGCUUCUCGAUCCCCCUCCUUUACGUCUGCCGGGGUUUACACAGCCAAGUCGUCGCCAGAUCCGCAGCGGUCUGAUUACUCUCGCUCGGUAUCCCCCAGUUCCGGUGAUCUGAGACAAUACGGAUAUCUAAAUAAGCAAGGCACCUGGAGCUGUGCAUAUCCGGCUUGCACGUCGCGGGCAGUGUUUACCCGGGGCUGCGAUCUCCGAAAACAUCACAAGAGACACACAAAAUCGUUCUUCUGCCGGCACGAAGGGUGUCCGCAAGCGCGCGGUGGCGGCUUCAGCUCUAAGAAGGACCUGGCGAGGCAUGAGGCCAAACAUAACCCGGGCGUGCUGUGCGAAUGGGAAGGCUGCGAGCGUGUAUUCAGCCGAGUAGACAAUAUGCGGGAUCAUGUAAAGCGAAUUCAUCUGAAAGCGGCAAAACAAGAGGAACUUACGCGGGCUGUCGCUAAGCUUCGCAUGUUUGGAUCCACGCCGCACUUCCAGCCCCAGUCUAUUUGUGGGAUGUUUCUGAACGCAGCACCAAAGCGACUUUAA